CUUCAAAGGGACGGCAGCUUGCUGUCUGACAUGCGCAGUGCGUUGGUUAAGGCGGAUGUGGUGGGUGACGGUUGGUAUUUGCGCAUGUGCGGGAAAGGGCGCGGAGUUUAAACGACAGGAGCGGCAGUUGGUGCUAUCGACAGAAGGGGUUACAGACGGCAAAUUGUCCAAAAGAAAAGGAAAAGGGGAAAAAAUGUCUCUUCACAGUGUAGAAGCAAUGCUGCGAGGCCCUUUGAAACGCCUGAGACAGCAACCUACCGAGAGUGAUGGAAGUGACAAUGUACUACCACUAGACGCUCUAAAGAGGCAGAAAUGUGCUUCCUUGGAUGAAGAAAGAGAAAACAUAAAUCCUAUGGAGUCUGUUUUUACAUCCUCCAAGGCAUUUCGAGCCCUAGAGCAAGAGAUCAAACCAGACACUCCUGUGGUUCCAUCAGUAAAAUCGAGGCUUCACAGACUUGCUGAACAGAAGAAAGCUUGGGAUUCUGAUGAGCUUUCUCCUGAUACGCGAGUGUCUUUGGACAUGAAAAAUGGGCAAGGUCUUCCGGAAACAACUGGAUCUUGGAAGGAUGAAUUAGCCAGACCUGCUAUUAAGAAGGCCAGGCAGGAAACUGAAAAGAGAACUAACUUGAAUUGCACAAAAGAGAAAACUGCAAAGAUUUCUAGUGUUGCUGUGCAAUCAGUUCGAGAGAGAUUUGAAGAAUUGAGUCGUGAGAAACCGAACCAGGAGGAAAGGGGAAGCUGCUCUAAGAUAACUGAAACAAGUCAAAGUACAAAAGCCAUCCAGGAAAUGUUGCUUCACAAGUCUACUGCCAGUGCAUCUCAUGUCGUCCGGAUGAAAAAGGAGCGGGAGCAAGAACUUGCGAUGCUUCGAGGUAAGACUGGUGGAAACAACCCCUGGGUGGAAAAGAAGGCAUCCAAGCCAUGCACAGGUCCAGAGGAAUCCACUUUGGGAACAUCUAGAGUAACUUGCAUAGAAAGGAGGAUCAGGAAAGGUCUGGGCCACUUGAGCAUGCCAGUGGCAGAAGUGAACUCUGAGCAACUUCCAAAUACAAAUGAAAUAGUCACAGAGGAGUUGAAGGGGAGUACAAAAGCUCAAGAGAACACUAUUGAUGACACCGACACUAUUACAGAUUUGGAACACAAUGAAAAGUAUGAAGAGAUACUCCAGAUUACUGAAGGUGAAUGCAAGGUGGAAGCACCUAUGGAUUGGUCGACUCCUCUCAGGAAGGUUACUUUUGCAUUAGAACCACAAACCAUUCCAUCGCCAGAAUAUGUAGAAACUGAGAGCGAUGAGAAUGAGAAGUGCAUCUCUGAGAUGGAAUCCAGCUCCCAGGAAGAAUUGAACAACUCUGAACUAAUUGAUAAGCUGUUUGAAGGUGUACUCGACUCAGACAGGAUGGAAGAAGGAAUUGAACCUGAGGCUAAAGAACCAGCGAUGGCAAAUUUGAAAAAAUCCAAAGCUGAGGAUAAGGGUGAGGAAGUCAAGUCUGAAGCUGAGGCAGAGCUGAAAAACUCUAAAGCUGUGGAUCAGAGUGAUGAGACAAAGGCUAAAGCUGAGGCAAAAGAUCAAAAAGAAGACGAUGAUCUGACUUUACCCAGCAUCUCCAUAUUGUCUCCGCUUGCUAAAUCCAUCAAGUUGGAUGCUGCAUCUCCUCUAGCUGCGGUAGUUGCAUCAUUAAACAAUGGCCUGACUGAAUCCUGCUGCUCACUCUAUUCGUCACUCGAACUCCAUAAUUCUGGGCAGGACCGAGAUCGAGCUGGAAAUCUUCUACAAGCAGUGGAAAAUGCACCAUUAUACAGUAUUGAUUUGUAUAGAACUCAACGGCGUAGUGCUCGGCUGCGAGAAAAGAAAAAUGAAGGCACCAACAAAGCUGUUACCCAAAAAUCAGCAGAAGGUUCUCGGCUGGUGACACAGCAGGUGACCACAAAAGAGAAAAUAAAGAUACUUAAUGAUGAGAUUAUCAAGUUGAACAGCAUCAUGCAUCAGGCCAGCCAGGCACUAAACUGCUGUACGGAUGAAGAGCAUGGUAAAGGCUCACGAGAGGAAGCAGAAGCAGAGCGUCAUUUACUUAUUGCUUCUGAGAAACGUACUGCUUUGCUGACUGAGCUGAACAGACUGAAAGUAGAGGGCGAUGCUGUAUCCCUGGGUGGGGCAACAAAGUUGACAAAGGAGCUUGAGCCAUGUCGAGGCACCAUCUCUAUCUCUGAACUCCGCCUUCCUUUGAAAGCUGAAUUUGUAUGUUCAGCCUUACAUAAACAAGGAAAACCAAGUCACUAUUUCUUACUGAUGAUCCACUAUGGUCCACAUAACAUUGUGACGACUCCACUAGCAACAGCAGAAGAUGCUCAGCAUGGUGAUACCGUUACUUUCCCAACCGUAAUCACACUGCGUGAUAUUCAUUACAAAUUUGAAAUUGAUGUGGAAGUGUACAGCCUGGCUCAGGUGACAAAUGUAGCCACGUCUGAGAAGCGGAGAGUGUCGCGAUCUAAGGUUAUAACUCCAAAGAAACUGCUGAACUCCAUUACUAAAUCAAGCUUACAGUCGCCUGCCGCUAGUCCUAGUUCUGUACGCAGCAGUAAAUUUGUGUUGGUUGGGUCACACAAAAUCACCUUGGCAUCCUUGGGAAAAGACAAGUUUCCACUUGACAAAAUGAAGUUUGAUGGAAAAGUCAGGCAACUACUUGGAGAUGAGUUUCAGAACAAGGUCCCUUUUCUGUCUCCUCUUGAAGGUGCCAUCUAUUUGAAACUCCAAUGCCAUUUUCACUCCACUGUUCAGCAUUCAGGAUUUCUGACUAUGUUUGAGGAUGUGAGUGGAUUUGGUGCAUGGCACCGUCGCUGGUUUGUGUUGUCUGGCAACACCCUUUCCUACUGGACCUAUCCCAACGAAGAGAAGCACAAGAAACCUAUUGGGUGUAUUGACUUGGCCAGCUGCACCAAAGACAAGAUUGAACCUGCCAGCCGAGAGUUCUGUUCCCGGCCCAAAACGUUUGAGCUAAUUACAGUACGACCACAGAAUGAAGCUGAUUCUGAUACACUCGUUGUUCAGUGUAGAAACAAGAUGUGCUUUUCCAAGAUCUGGUUGUCAGCUGACACAAAAGAGGAGAGAAACCUGUGGAUGGAGAAACUUAACCAGGUUCUGCUCAACCUUGGAACAUGGCAACUAACAGCACACUCCAUGUCCAAGGAUGGAAUCUGAAGUUGGCUUUUCAACGAUCAGAUGCCUCUGAGCAGCUUCUCACUUUGAGAAGGUAGAUUUUGAUACUAAUGCCUUGCAAGUAGUUGACUAUAUACGCAACCACUUUGAAUUGCUGCUAAGAAAACCCUUGCCUAACAAAUCUUAAUCCAAAGAAUGAAAGAUCCAAUGGUUAUUUGCCUUGAAUUUUCCCUUCUUUUCCCCCCCACCCCAUGUAAUUUCUCUCCUAAAGUAUUAACUUGUGCUAGAAUUCAUGGAGUUACUGCGUUCACUUCAUUGCCAUUCCAUUUUAAAUGAAAUGGAAUGGCAGUUUGCUUUACCUUCCACUGUCCAAACUGGGUUCCAUCCUAGGACCUUUCCUGUUUUAUUACAGUAGGACCCAUAUAUUCCCCCUCCCCCUGUUGUAGUAAAUUCACUUAGAUCUAGUUACUGCUUUUGUUAAUCCUGAGAACAGAGCUUUAAGUUUGGACUGGACUGGUACUUGUACUUGUGUUGAUGUUUGCUGCAAGAUUUCAAAAAAUUGUCUUGCUCCAUUGCUGCCCUGGUUUUGAAAUGAUUGGGAGAAGGGAAAGGAGAAAAUAAUUCAAAAUGGCUAUAUAACCAACCUUUACUUAAGCCAGACUUUAUUUCUGCACCUUUUGUAUCAAAUCAAAAUUACAAAGGGCUUAUCUUGCACACUUAUCACAUUUAUAAUAUUGACUGUGUAACCUGUUCUAUUUCUAGUGUCAUUGUAACUUCUACCAUUUUAACUGUCUUAUUCUACCUGUCUUCUCUGAAACCAGUUCAAAGAAUAAACAUUUAACUAAU